CUAUGACUGUCUGACAACCUGCAUCUCAAGUUCCUCAGGCAGAACAGCUCCAUAUCCGAACUGCGAUCUGUCCUUUGAUGAUGAAUUUAUGAACAGGGCCGAAUGACAUUGACCUAAAUCACGCAUCCACCCCCAGUUACGCCAACCCGCGGACGUCGCCUUGGUUUCCGUGUACCUGAGGAUAUUGUGAUUUGUACACGCUUUGGGACUGUGUUGCGGUAGCCAUUUUUUGGCUGGGAAUAUAGGAGGCACACGGCGCCAUGCCCACCAUGUGGUUGUCCGAUAUGCAGAAGAUCGGUGCGGUCUUCUGCACUGCUGGGAGUUUAUUUUUCUUCUUGGGCAUUCUUAUGUUCUUUGACAGAUCAUUACUUGCAAUGGGAAAUAUUCUUUUCGUGAUCGGCCUUCCUCUCAUUCUCGGCCCACAAAAGACGCUCUCUUUCUUCGCCCGGCGCCAGAAGCUCUUGGGGUCCGUAACCUUCGCCCUGGGUAUCCUCCUUAUUCUCUUCCGCUGGCCACUUAUCGGCUUCUGCGUCGAGUUAUACGGCCUGUUUAUUUUAUUCGGCGAUUUCCUGGUCACUCUAGGCGCGUUUGUGGGUGGUUUCCCUAUUGUCGGGCCGCCGUUGAAGAGGGCUUUGACCUGGGUUGGGACCCUCGGCGGACGGCGAGGCGGCUCAGAUCUGCCAGUCUGAUUCAAGACAAUGGAAUCGGACGAUCUAAAACCAAAGUUGCACACCUAGAUGUUACUAUUAGAGCAUCUUGCAACGUACAUACCUACGAAUAACAGGGCCGUCUCAACAAAGAAGGCGUUUUGAUUACAAUCGUGGAUGGCAAGGUUUCUGAGUGGGCUACGCUCUAAACGUGCGGACCACCGACGUUCUCAGGAUACCGUCAUUUUCAACGUCCCUGUCCCCAUUUCAAGGAUAUUCGAAUCCGCCUAACCCUUCGCGAGACGGCGAGAACGCUAUGAUUGUAU